AUGAGUUCGGCUCAUUCUUUUGAUGCUACAACUGGAGCAGUAAUGGCAAUGGCAGCGUCCUCGAAGAGCCCCGACCCCGACAACAUUCUAGACUGGUCAAAAAUUGACCUUGUUGCAUGUGCAAGCACAAUCGUCUAUCAGAUCGAGAACAAGGUGCACCUGAUCCGUCGUGAGGAUACUCCCCAGGAAAUCAUUAAAGGUAUUCGUGGAUUCGGCCAUACUUUCCCCGAAGCGUAUACCACUUGCGACGCCUCCGUCAAAGGUUCUGUUUCAAAUCAGCACAUUUACACGUACAAGUUUGGCAACUUGAAUUGUCUAGUCCGAUUCGAGGUCGACGGGUACUUUCCAGAUAAAGCAGAUCGACAAGUCUGCGACUCGGAUUCCAAUAAGGAAAGGGAGCCGUCUGUGUCCACUCUCGAUGAACUUUUCAGCAAAGCAACACUGAAUGAUACUGAUGCUCCUGAUGUUAUUGAUCAGCUGUUUAGUGAAACGACCGUGGAGGAUAACGCUGCUGUAGGCUCAGCAAGCAGCUUGACUGUGACCACAGGUGGACAGAUGAUGAAAGGCGAUGCCAUCUUUGAUCUCAAAACUCGAUCCAUCAAGUUGAAGCUCGACACCGAAGUCAUAAUUGAAGAGGAAAUGCUCCGGUUCUGGAUCCGCCAAACCGAAAACUUGGUGUUGGCAUUUCACACGCUGGGAAAAUUUGUCGAUAUUAAUAUCCACGAUUUGAGGGACGACGUCAAAGCAUGGGAAGCUAGGAAAUGCGGAAAGUCUCGCCGCCUUUCUUCAUUGCUAGGCGUAAUUAUCGCUAUGGUUUCUAAACUUUAGGAGAAACGGUUAGAAAUCGUGUGUGAAAACCAGGGCACAUCUCUCUAGAUUCACG